AUGGAGGAUGUCCGGGAACACCUGUGGGCGGUCCACCGACAGCCUUUGUUCUGCCCAGCAUGCGGGCAAACAUUCUCUAGAACUUCUGAUUGCAACAGCCACAUUCGAAGUCGUAUCUGCACUCCCCAAUCGAUUCUGCCGACCUUCGAAGGGGUCACAAUCGGUCACAUCCAGGAGCUUGCAAGGCAAGCCGAGCUGCCAUUGUCGAUGGAGAGUCGUUGGCUCGCGAUGUGGGGAACCAUCUUCCCUCACACGGAAAGGCCACCUUCGUGGCUCUACGCGGCCGAGGAAGAACUCAGGGUGUGUGAGCUGCGUGGAUUCUGGAGUAAACACAUGCACAGCAUGGUGGAAGACAUCCUGGAAACCCAGGGGCUUCAAGUUCAUGCGAUGAGCGACGAGGGCGAGGAUCUCGAAGCGCUAUAUAACACGGUCCUGAACGAAGCCAUGGACAAGAUGCUCGGGUGCGAGGAAUGCGUUUGA